UUCCGUGCCGUGCUAUCAGCUGCAUCGUGACGAAAACUCAGUUUUCUUUUCUUCUUUUUUUGGGGGAAAGACGAAUACGAUCGUAGAUUGCCCCAUUGGUGCUGGAAUUUUGCUGCGUGAGAAAAUUACACCUUGCACGACACCAACAUGAAAGACAAUAAUGUUAUGGAAAACCCUAAUCAUCUCUAUCCCAAUUGUUGUACGUACGCGGGACGACCUCAGUUUUGUCAUAUUGUUUGUGGGCAAACGUACAGACCAUUUGUUGGUCACGUUUGAGAAUGAGACCUAGGAAACAUGAAAUGAAGGAUCUAUUGAUCUCUAGUUUUGGUAUUUACAAAGCUCAGAAGAUUCUUCUGCUUUAGCACAUUCCUCAUUUGCGCAACUCGAUCGAUCUACUUCUACUUAAAGCAACUAUAUAUAAGAUCGAUCUUCAAGUUUCAAACAUAUCCCGGAAGCACGACAACUUUCACUCCCUCCAUCUCCUUUUAGUUCUUAUUGGUAGCUCAAAGGGGAAAGUCACCAUCUUCAAUCUUGUGUUUUCGGGUUGGAAAUGGGCCUUGCAAAUGGCAGGGAAAUGGGCCGGUCCACACUUCUAUGGGUGAUGAUGAUACUUUUCCUGGUCACCAACUUCACUGCAAUUGCAGGGGAUGUACCAAGAAGACAUCUUCUACAGACCAGUAAUGCUUCAGACCAAAUAAGCUACUCGGAUGACACAGUGAGGGUGGAUCCAUUGGACAGUUUCAAGAAAUAUAGAGGAGGUUACAACCUCACUAACAAGCAUUAUUGGAGUUCAACAAUUUUUACUGGAGUUUAUGGUUAUGCGAUUGGGGUGUCGUGGCUUCUCUUUGGAAUACUAUUUGGGGGAUUUAUAGCAUUAACCAGCUUGUGUGGGCAUUCUUCAAAUAAGAAGAGCAGCAGCAAACUUCAGGACCGAAAAUCAUACUGUCACCAGCGGCACUGUCACCUAUGGCUUGUACUCGUUGCUUGCAUAUUCACAGUCCUGGCGAUUGUGGCAGUGGGUUUGGUCCUUGGGGGCAAUGCCAAGUUCCACUCGAGGGCGAAUACAGUAGUAGACAUAAUAAUGGACACGGCAAAUGAGGCAACAGAGACCAUACACAACACCACAGGAGCCAUGAGACAGAUCAAAGCAGCCCUGGAGACCUCCAAAGGAACCACGGAAAUCUCAGUUACCGCCUCAGCUGAUAGCGCUUCGGGUUUCCUUGGGUCUACUUCCCAGAGACUCGAUUCCGAGGCUGCUGACAUUGAAAGGCAGGCCUCAAAGAAUAGGCGAUUGAUCGAUAAAGGCCUAAAGAUAGUGUACAUAAUAACCUCAGUGACCAUAUCCAUCAACUUGGUUGCGGUAAUAGCUUUAUCAGUCACCGGAUUCCUGAAGUUACGGCAGCCACUGUACUGGCUUAUCACACUGUGCUGGCUCUUGACAUUCAUGUGCUGGCUCCUCUUCGGGAUGUACUUCUUCUUAGACAAGUUCUCAAGUGACACGUGCACGGCUCUCGAUAACUUCCAGAGGAAUCCGAACAACAACAGCCUGAGCACAAUCCUUCCCUGUGAUGAAUUGCUCUCCGCGAAAUCUGUCUUGUCUGAUGUUAGUGCAGGCAUCUAUGACCUUGUCAAUGAGGUUAAUGCUAAUAUAUCACUCCUACAAGGAACUCCGAAUCAGAAUUUCUUCAGCGUCUGCAAUCCAUUCUCUGCACCCCCCAGUUUAGAUUAUCAGCCGGACAACUGCCCACCGAAUACUAUUCGCAUUGCUGACAUACCGAAGGUAUUGAAGUCUUUCACUUGUUCUGAUGCCAACGCCGAGAACUGCUCCGCCAAUGGAGAAUUCAUCUCUACAAGUGAUUACAAUAAAGUGGAGGCAUACACGAGCUCAAUUCAGACCCUCCUUAACGCAUACCCUGGCAUGGAGAGCCUGAUCGAAUGUCAGUCCGUGAAGGACGCAUUCUCAGAGAUCCUCCUCACACACUGCGGACCGCUGAAGAGGUACGUCCACAUGGUGUGGUCUGCGCUUGCAUUCCUUGCAGUGGUCAUGGUGUUUUUAGUUAUCCUGUGGUCUAGGAGAGCUAUGCACGAACAGAAACAUCAUGUUGCCGACUGUUCGGUGAAGCCCCAUUCAGUUUCAGUUAACAACAAUCCCGAGACCGAAUCAAUGCGAAGAGACAUUAUUUGAUCGUGGAACAUGACCGGACAAGCGGGGACUUCCUAAAGGACUCGGGUUUUUUGUAAUUUGUGUAGCGGGUUGGAAAUACAUGAAAAUAACAUAAAAGAGAAGAACAAGCAGGACAUACACACAAACAGAUACAACCACAUCCCAGAAGGAGGCGAUGGUGAGUUGAGAAGUAGCUGAAGGCAGAGACAAUAUUACAUAUAUACGUUGCAAAAUUCUCUCUCUCUCUUUAUAAUUAUAUGGCAGCCUUUUCCAUUUAAUUGAUUAAAGGAAAAAGGCUGAAAUGGGGAUUCAACCCCUUGAUGGAAAUGUAAAAUAUAUUAUUUAUAAAGGAAUAUUCUCAAUUA